AGGGAGAGAAGCGGGUGUGACUCAUGGUGGCUUGAAUUUUAAGUGUGAGAGUAACAGAGAGGAUUCAAGAUAUUUCUACUAUACCUGACAAAGAGAGAAGAUUAAAAGCAUUGUACUCUACGACCGUCAUGCCGCAUGCGUUCCAGGUGCUGUGGUUAUAAACCGUCAGUUGGGUUUCAUACGACUCUUAGACUCAUAUUGGGUCUUUAUUUAGUUUAUUUCAAUAAUUUAGCAUCUAAAUUAAAAUUUUAUUAACUAUUUUAUUGUAAAAAAUAGUCAAACAUUGAUGUAAAUAGCUGUGAAAUGAAAAAAAUAUUAUAAGCGAUCUCAAUUAAAUAAAUUAUCAGAGCCUAAAUAAUUCUAAGUCUUCAAAGUGUCUUGUGAUAUUUCUUAAAUUAAAUUUUAUUAAUUAAAUUACCUUGUGUACAUUCGGAAAGUUACUGAUUCAUCAACGAGGGACAGUUGUAAUUAUACUGGCGUCUGUUUCAAUUACUUGAUCAUUUAGAAUAUUGGAGCUGCUAAAAUAGUUGAUUGGUUGUGUGUAAAGAUUGUACAGAACAGCCCUAUGGCCAGCGAAAGCCUAACAAUUCACACCUUGUCUAACGUUUGAUAAUAAUAUUUCAAACGACUGUGAGAGUGGAAAAUCAGGAUUUUGUUUAUUCUUUCAAAAUAACAAACAAAAAAAACAUAAUGGCUGGAAUGGGUAUCCCACAGAUUCCUUCAGUUGCUGGAACAACAGCACCUUUACCAGUGACAUCAAUUUCUCUUGGAAGUAGUCAUAAAAAAAGUUGGUGGCGCAGAGUGGCUCCUUGUCUAGCAUUUUUAGCAGCAUUUUCAACAGCAAUGGCUUUACUGCUGAUCUGGAGUGAAGCAGCAGCACUUCGGAGGCAAGCAUUUGAUGCUAACAUGACAAGAGAUUACAUACUUACAAGUGUAUCUAUGGAUAAUCCUCAACUAGUGGCUUACAUUCGUGAAGUACAAUUCAAAAAAACAACUCAUCAAGAUACUCAUAAUGUAUCAGAAACGCCUGAUGAAAAGACUCUUGUUACUCUUCUACAGGGUAAACGUAACGGUGUUUACCUUGAAUAUAUUAAUCGACCUGGUGCUGUAUUAACUACGUCAUGGUUAGAAGCCAAGUAUGGUUGGAGAGGAGUAUUAGUGCUUACAGAUUUCAGAUCGUUCUUUGAAGUCCGCAGAAGCAAUAGAAAUCCAUUAACGAGAGUUUUACAUGCUUGCUUAAGUACUGAUAAAGAUACUAAAGAGAUAACUUAUCACCAGGAGUCAGAAGUUCGGGUGACAAAAUUAGGUGAAGGCCCAAACAGUUUGAUUUUCUCUGAUGAGGGACCUCCUACUGCAAGACUCAAGUGCUUCCCUUUAUAUAGUGUUCUUCUUGCGUAUAAUCAAACAACUAUCGACUAUCUAAACUUGGAUAGUACUGAUGUAUCUGAUAUACAAGUGCUUGAUACAAUUCCUUGGGAAAAUGUACAAAUAAACUUCAUUACUAUUCGUUGGAGUAAUCAUCAUACUGAAGCAGAUUUCAAAGCUCUUUUGGAAAAAUUAAGUGCAAGAAAAUACAGGUUUAUUCAACCAAUGGAACCUGGAAAAUUGAUAUUUAUGUACUCGAGAGUGAAAAAGUAAACGUUGAUCUGAAGAUAAAAGAAAGGAUCUUCAUGCCAGUUUAUUUUGUAGAUAUUUUACUACGAUAAUCCUCUGAGGAUAAAAGAAAAUGAAUUAAUUGGUACAUAAUUUUUUUCUUUUUUUUUAUGAGUAAAUCUUAGUUGAUUUAUUUUUAGCAGUAAAAAUGGUGAUAUAGAAAAAUUUUUGGUGCCCUGGCUGUAAUUAUCAACAUUACAUUGUAUUUUAGUAAUCAUUUGUAUUUUAUUUUAAUGCUACUUAUUCAACAUUUAUAGCUUUCUGUUCUUCUAUCUAUUUAGUAUGAAAAUAUUUCAUAAUCAUUUUCACAGUUAAAAAGCUGUGAGUUACCAGUAAACUAUGAAAUGAAACUUAAGGGCCUUAUUAAUGUUUAAGUAAAUAUUGAAGCACUAAACGACCUGUGAAAUAUUGUUUUUUAAUCUUUAUUAAAUGAUAAUUUUUUUUAUCAAUUAAAGCUUUAUAAAAACCAUAUUCAUUAAUUACAUAAAAUUUUUUUAUAGAAAUAUUAAAGAACGAUAGUUCUUCAAAUUUACAUAGUAAGAUUAAAUAAAAAAAUAUUUCAUAGGUUGAUGAAUAUUUUCAUAGAUAAAUUGUAAAAUAAAUUACAGGCUAGAACAGAAUUGAUACAUCUGUCUAGAAGAGUAUAAUGUGAUCUUUAUAAAUUA